GCGAGCCGGCACGGUUAAAAAGAAAAACAUGGCCGCCUCCACAGUGUGUCGUUCUGUGCGCUGCGUGUCUAAAGCUUUACCUCGGCUCAACACGUCUUGGACAAUCGUCAACUCCUGUAGAUAUGAAAAUGUCUCCGCUCCGACUUUAACGUGGUGUCGUUUUUAUAUUUCUGGACUGGAUACGAGUCGAAGGAGAGAAGAAAACAGUGUGACAUUGAGGGGGUGUGCAGGGUUUAAGAGCCUCUGUAUUUUCAGCUUACGCACCUUCCACAGCAGCUCGGUGUGCCAUGAGCAGCAGGAUCUCUACAGCGUGUUGGGAAUCCCACGCACCGCCACACAGAAGGAGAUCAAGAAAGCGUACUAUCAGUUGGCGAAGAAAUACCAUCCCGAUACAAACCCAGAUGACCCGCAGGCCAAAGAGAAGUUCGCCAAGCUAGCAGAAGCAUACGAGGUUCUGAGUGACGAAGUGAAAAGAAAGCAGUACGAUACGUACGGUUCGGCGGGGCCGAGCGCAAGUGGGGCGGGGCAGCAGUACUGGAGGAGCGGAACCACCGUGGACCCAGAGGAGCUUUUCAGGAAGAUCUUCGGGGAAUUCGCCGGAGCGCAAGGCUUCGGAAAUUUCAGCUCCAUUUUCGAACAGCCGCUCGAGUACGUCAUGGAGCUGACGUUCACCCAGGCAGCCAAAGGAGUGAACAAGGAGAUCACAGUGAACAUAGAGGACGACUGUCCACGUUGCCAUGGCAAAGGUUACGAGCCAGGCACCAAAGUCACACACUGCCACUACUGUAACGGCACCGGCAUGGAGUCGGUGAACACAGGCCCGUUUAUGAUGCGCUCCACGUGUCGGCGCUGCGGUGGGCGGGGCUCAAUCAUCAUCACGCCCUGUGUGAUGUGCAGAGGAACAGGCAACACCAAGCAGAAAAAGAGCCUCAUGGUGCCUGUACCUGCAGGAGUGGAGGACGGCCAGACGGUGAGGAUGUCUUUAGGAAGUAAGCAGAUCUACAUCACGUUCAGAGUCCAGAGGAGUCCAGUGUUUCGGCGUAAUGGGCCUGACAUCCACUCUGAUGUGAUGAUCUCCGUGGCUCAAGCCAUCCUGGGAGGAACGGCUCGAGCCCAGGGCCUCUACGGGACGGUCGACAUCGCGAUCCCUCCCGGGAUUCAAACAGACCAGAAGAUCUGUCUUGGUGGUAAAGGAAUCGCCCGGGUGAAUGGGUACGGCUACGGAGACCACUACGUCCACAUGAAGAUCAAAGUGCCCAAGAAGCUGACCCGGAGGCAGCGGGAUCUGAUCCUGAGCUACGCUGAAGAGGAGACGGACGUAGAGGGAUCCGUGAACGGAGUGACCCGAUCAGCACCAGCAGGCUCCCAGCACACAGCGAAGGAAUCCAGAGAGGAACCGAAGAGUGACGAAGAGCAGCCCGAGAAGGAGGAGGGCGGAUUUUUCAACAGACUGAAAAAGAUGUUCUCCUGAAGGGUGCUGCAGGUGAGAGACCUUUGAGCUCUUUGGAGUUCGGAUGCACAGAAGCUCGCCACUCACCUCAGGAAGAGAGCGAGUCAGUGAAAGAGAGACACAGCGAGAGGAGGAAUGAGAAGAAAGAGGCAUCCAGAGAGCUCUUUCUGUUACUCAGCAUUUGUUUAUCAAAAUCCUGGCGAGCACAGAGCUUCGGUUAAGGAGGAUUCUGUAAACGAAUUCUACGUAAUGAAGUAUGAACUGUUGUGAAGCUCAAAAAUCAUCAGAAAUAAUGGUUUAUUAAUGUCAACUCUUUAUGCUGGUUAAUGUGUAUUUUUCUAAUAUAUUAAAGAAUGAAGUUUUCUGAAAAUGAUAACAAGUGAUAACAUUAAAUAUAACGGAAAAGAAAAUAAAAAGUCCGAUGUGUCUUUCUUGAAUUAAUAGAUUUUGGCAAAUUGCUGUGUUAUAAGAGGAAUAAAAUCCUUUGGAACAUGCUGUCAUUGAACAGUAAUCAACUUUGGGGUGAAAGGGUGACAUGGGGCUCCAGAAACCAACACAUCGUUGAUUAUUUUAAUGCAACUUCCCACUUUGUCAUGUUUUAUUCCUCACGUAUGCCGCUUCAUCGCUGAAGAUGAAUGAACGAAUGAUUAAAAAAAAUUGGAACUAAAAUAUACUGCAAUAGUAAAAAAAGAAUUGAUUGCUUGAUGAAGUAUGGCAUUUUUCAAAAUUCUUCAUAUCACCCCUUAUAAGACAUAAGCUGAGUCUUAAAUCACAUCCUCCUGCACUAUUCCAGACACCUUUUAGUGAGAUAUAUAUAUAUAUCUGUCUGAGAAAUAUAAACUCAAGUAGUGCAGCAAGAAAAGCUGGAUAAUGGACUGUUUGCUUAAUAAAUAAAGAAUUGCCUUCUCUUACGCUGCAGUAAUAAAAAUAGCAAUACUCAACAGAAACGUGUUUAUUUCACUGAUUUGGUCUACUUGCAAGGUUUUAAGCUCCGCCCACUUGGCACAAACAGUAAAACUACAUAAACUACAUUAUAUUUUUAAAACUGUUUUUUCCUCAAUUUUUUUUUUAAUCUGUAUUCAGAACCAAAAAUCCAUGAA